AUGGAAACACCACUCACAUGGAUGGAUCAUCCUAUUGAAGUAUAUGUUAAUGAUAGUGUAUGGGUACAUGGCCCCACAGAUGAUCACUGCCCUGCCAAACCUGAGGAAGAAGGGAUGAUGAUAAAUAUUUCCACUUGGUACCGUUAUCCUCCUAUUUGCCUAGGGAGAGCACCAGGAUGCUUAAUGCCUGCAGUCCAAAAUUGGUUGGUAGAAGUACCUACUGUCAGUCCCAUCAGUAGAUUCACUUAUCACAUGGUAAGCGGGAUGUCACUCAGGCCACGGGUAAAUAAUUUACAAGACUUUUCUUAUCAAAGAUCAUUAAAAUUUAGACCUAAAGGGCAACCUUGCCCCGAGGAAAUUCCCAAAGGAUCAAAAAAUACAGAAGUUUUAGUUUGGGAAGAAUGUGUGGCCAAUAGUUCAGUAAUAUUACAAAACAAUGAAUUCAGAACUAUUAUAGAUUGGGCAUCUCGAGGUCAAUUCUACCACAGUUGCUCAGGGCAAACUCAGUCGUGUCCCGGUGCACAAGUGAGUCCAGCUGUUGAUAGCAACUUAACAGAAAGUUUAAAUAUUUCUGGUCAUGAACAUCCAAAAUUAUGGAGGCUUACUGUAGCCUCAUACCACAUUAGGAUUUGAUCUGGAAAUCAAACUUUAGAAACAAGAGAUCGUAAGCCAUUUUAUACUAUCGACCUAAAUUCCAG